AUGUCAUGUUGCGCCUAAGUAACACUGAAAUGUUCACAUUGUGAUGUUGUGUCGAUGAGCUUGUGUGUUGAUUGCUUAAUUGGUCUUUUGUACGUUAUAUAAUGUUCUGUAAUAAAUUAUAUAAAUAUAUAUACAUCAACAAAACAGUUUUUAUUGGUUCAUUUAAGAUGAACACUUCAUAAUAAGGAAUAGUUUUAGUUGAUGGUUGUCUUCAUCAAUAGUAAAUAAAACAUGUACAAAUAUUUUUUGUCCUCAUCAAGAAGUAUAACUGCCAACGUCAUCUUUUCGCGCCGGCUGAAAAGUGGGCGUGGCCGCGUGAACAUCAGCCGCAGAUCUGUCACUGCUUGUGCGGCUCCGUCCGGUGGAAGAGGUCUACCGGAACCCAAGAGAGACGUCCCGUAAUCAACCGCGCCGCACCGACUGCUUGGUGGCCGCCGGAGCUGAAAAAGAGGGCCAGUGUCGUCACCAUGGAUACGGGUGACGAGAAGAACCAGCCGCAGGAGGCAUCAGCCAAUGACAGCGCUUCAUCUGGAACGAGUGCCCGCUCCUCUGCCAUGAACUCCAUGUCUUUGUACGAAAGGCAGGCUGUGCAGGCCCUGCAGGCGCUCCAGAGGCAGCCGCACGCCGCUCAGUACUUCCAGCAGCUCAUGCUGCAGCAGCACAUCAACAAGGCGCAGCUGCAGAACCUGGCGGCCGUGCAGCAGGUCCAGGCCAGUCUGGCGGCAGGUUGUCAGCCGAGCCAAUCCGGCGGUAGCCCUUCUCAGACUGCCAUCACUUCAGCAGCCAGUGUGACGUCUAGCUCCGCCUCCACAGCAAGCAACCGCCCUGUUGGCGUCUCGGCGACGACCACCAUUAGCCAGUCGGUGCUGCUGGGUGGAGGCGCUGGAGGGCGGGGACAAAUGUACCUCAGGGUCAACCGUUCGCUGAGAGCGCCCAUCUCCCCGCAGCUCAUCUUCAUGCGUGGUAACACGGCGACCGCUGCCGUGGCGACCCUCCCUCAGCUUCCUCAGCCUCGGAAACCAGAAAUAGCGGCCACAUUGUCCUCCGGCUGCCAAACUGAUAGCGAUCAGGUGCAGAACCUGACUGUGCGGAACGUGGUCGGUCCAAAAGGUGUCAAAACUGAGAGGAGCGAUGCUGCUGCCUACUCGCUAGUCCACUCCACCCCACAGUCUCCCAACAAGGCCAGUCAGCCUCAGCCGCCCCCCAUCAAGAUCCCAACAUACCCUCAGCCCGCCAACAUCAAAGCACCACCUCCCCUGUCCUCCACUAGCGCCACGUCUUCCUCCGUUCCUCUUACGCAGCUUCUGCUUCACAGUACUCAAACUACUGCUCCCGCCGUGACACACGCCCUGGUCCUAACAUCCACCGGGGCAUCGCAGGCCCACACGUUCCCAGUCGGCACGACGACAAUCAAGCCGGCAGUCGGUGCUCAGACGUUGGUAGUGCAGCCUUUGCAGAAGAGCUCACUGGGUGGGGACAAAUUGGGUCAUGGCAACAAUCCUGUCCCCAUCCAGCCUAAAACCCUGCAGGGUCUGCGCCUGCCCCUGCAGCUACCUUCGAGGAACCCCCCUCCCAUCAUGCCUGCUCCGACGCCAGCCAGCAGCUCCGCCAUGACGCCGCACAUCCCCGUUCAGAUUGUUGGCGCCAGGCAGAGCACGCUGGGAAGCAGCCAGGCGUUAGCUUUAGCUCGGGGUGGUUGCAGCCAGGAAGGGGCCGCCAUCCUCACCAGCUCGUCCAGCCUGCUCACCAUAGUAGCGUCCAUUGCCUCAAGAGAGAGCGGGGUCACGGGUGGAGGGGUGGGCGUUAAGGCGCUGUCCCAAGAGCCCCACCCAUCAUCCCUGACCUCUAAGGUUCAUGCCAAUCAGAGUGAAAAUGGACCCCUCACUGUAAGCGCCGCCUCCUCUCAGUCUGCAACAGUCUCCUCCCCCACCUCCUUGCUGGCAAGCGCCCCCCUCCCCUUGGCGGCCAAUGGCGACUUAGUGGGCUGUCGGACGGCGCAGGUAAAAGAAGCGACCAGCAUGCUUAAACGCAAGUUGGAUGAAGAUGGCCCCUCUCGUCCACAGUUGCUGCCCGUUAAAAAUUGUUCCUCAGUGCUCACCAGCGUUUCCAUGGAAACAGGGUCUGCCCCUCCCCCAUCCUACCCAACCCUGCCAGUGUCCCGCAGUGGCUGCGCUCGUAGAGAGAAGGCUCCUCCCCCUCAAGCCGUGAUCAAACCGCACGUCCUCACGCACCUCAUUGAGGGCUUCGUCAUCCAGGAAGGGCCGGAGCCUUUCCCCGUGUGUGGAACAAUAAAAGACUCAGCCGGGGAAGAUCAAUCUGUUACUACGACAACAGUGCUGGAAUGUGAGUACUGUAAGAAGUUUGCCCCCGCCAGCCAGUUCCGAGGCACUAAAAGGUUCUGCUCCAUGUUGUGUGCAAAAAGGUACAACGUCAGCUUCAGGCAGCCCCUGAGCGUGCGGCACGCUCGGGAAUGCCACCAGCCUCCCCGUCAAGAUCAGCUGUCCCACUCAGACGAGGACGCAGGGGUAGCCAGGAGGAGGGUUCCUCGCAGGACCAGCUCAGACAUAGCCAGCGCCAAGAUAGCGGGAAGACCCCUUCCUGUCACGCGCCACUCCGAGUCUAGUCACUCUGACACAGAGUCCAGUGGCGAGGAGGAAGAGGACAACCCCAUGUCUCUCUCGCCUGCCUCUUUAGCUUCCUGCCACGCCAAGGAGACUCCCAGCCUCAGCUCCCAAUCUUCAAGCCCCGCCCACUGGAGUGUUGACCAAGUGUCGCAGUACAUUUCCUCCUUACAAGGCUGCGAGGAGCUGGCCUUGCACUUCCUGUCGCAGGAGAUUGACGGACAGGCCCUACUGCUGCUAAAGGAGGAACAUCUCAUGUCCACCAUGAACAUCAAGCUGGGCCCCGCCCUCAAAAUCUGCGCUCACAUCAACAACCUGAGGGACUAAGGCGGGUCAAAGUGGAGGUACUGAACUUGUCCUGUUCAAGUAUUUUUUCGAACUUCUAAAAGAGAAAUUUGGUCUGGGUUUUUGUCUUUCCUUCACGUUUGAGUCCAAUUCAUCAUGUGACAAAAGUUGGACCAAACCAAGGAAGACAAGCAUAGUUUUACUCUUCAGUCUUAAGUGGUUCAUUUGGACAGGACCUCAUCCUCGGUAUUGACUCUUUUCCUUCAAUUUAAACUGAGAACAUCAAGGUUCAUUCGCACAUUUUUGGACCUCACCGCCAAAAGCAAUAUUUUUUAUGAACAGCACCACCAGGUUCAUCCAGAUCUGGAGUUGAUCACAUCAGACUAAACAAGCACUUGAACUUGCAGCGUGUCCCCAAGUCUACUCUAAUGUUCUGUGUAAUGUGUGUGUGUGUGUGUGUGUGUGUACCGCUAUUUAAAUUUGUGUAUGUUCGUCGUGUGGACCUUGACGACUGUCUGGAUCGUCCCUUAUAAGGGUUUUGUCACAUAGCAACACUUGUUAGCUUGCUAGGUAGCGCUCUUCAUCAUUAUUAGUAACUUCUAGAAGGUUCUUGAGUCAUUGUCAGAUGUUUGACACUGUGAUGAAGCACAAACUGACUUAUUUAUAAACUCCAAAGCACUUAGCUGUGUAAGAACAACAAAAAGCCUGCAAUGAUUCUCAACGUGUUCAGAAUGUUAGCUCAAGCAAAUAAAACAUGGAGGAUUUGAUUAAAAUGAAGCCGACUGCUGCUUUAAUGCUGCUUUUUAUUGCCGCCUGUGCCGUUGCUAUGGAUACAGGGCUUUUCCUCCAUAAACUACAAAUGACUGUAUUCUAAAGACCGUUUGUGUUACUUGAAACAGCGCCCCUGCCUACAUGUGGCGGGAAAAGACCUCAACAGUAGACCAGACAUGUUUGGACAUCUGUGUCCACACUUGACAGGUAAGAUUUUAAUACAGUUCACAAAGCACUGCUGUACAAUGUGGUGGUCCUUUUAGAGUUUCUGAUUGGACGCUGACAAGUUUACAUAAUUAUUAAAUAUCAGGGUUUUACUGCCAUAAAAGAUACAACAAACCUCUGGAAAAAUAUUAGAGUCAUGACAACAUGAUCCCUUUUUCCACCAAGGGACGCAUACUUAAAAAUGUAAAUAUGUUUAUUUAAAAUAUUGUAAAAACGGUUUAAAAAAAACAACUAAUAACACACAGGCAGCACUCGUGUUUUCAUUGUGUGGUUAUGAUGCAGUCCCACAAAUGAUUAAUACUGUAUAAAAAGACAACCAGCUAUGUGCGAUUCACUAUUUCCCCAUCAUUGCGUCUUCCAAGCGGGAGGCAGACUUUUCUGAUGGCAGUGCGUCAAAGAAAAUGAAAGUGAAAUUAGAAAUAGUAAAAUGUUAAGAAAGUGGGGAAAUCGACACUAGAUGCCUGGUCCAAUUCGCUUAAAUGCUGCGACUGAAGGAUAAAGACGGUAUCUUUAAACAUAGGAAAAAACCCACUCCAGCGAAAAUAAAGCAGUGCAGUGGUCUCUCUCCCAAGCCCACAAAGGAAUAGAAGUAAAGCGUUAGAG